AUGAAGAUCAGGAAGGCAAGUCCGCUUUGCAAAAGGAACCCCCAAACAUAUAACGACGAAGACCAUGAAGGGAAACUCCUACACGAAUACUACAACGCAAUUCCGGGCAUGGAACUACAGAUAGAAAAAUUACUUGAAAGUUUCCACGUCAGUAAAUAUGAUUAUAAAAUUACUCACCUCUUAAUUGAUAUAAUACAAAAUGAAACGAUAAAAAUUUUGAGGAAUGCAAAAAAUAUAAAAAAAAAUGGCCUCGAUAGGAGACUCUUCAUUAAGGCCGACCCCACAAAGAAGGAGGACACAAAGGAGGAUCACACCAGUCCUGAUUUGGUAAGAAGCUCCAACAAUGGAGAUGGAACAAAAAAGGAGGAUGCAAGUAAGGGUAUGGUUGAAGGUCAGGAAAAAACGGACCAAAGUAAAGUAACUACGCACAUCUCCAAAGAUGCAAGCGGGGUUGAUGUUAAAGGUGGAGUUAUUGGUGUUAAUGCAACACUGGCCAUGUCACCUCCAAUGGCAACCACCCCGGUCAAUGAGCGUGACGGAGAGGUCGAGAAGCAAAAUAAGGCAAAUGACGCACAAGGAGACGGCAUGAAAGGGGAACCCGCAGAGGGGAGUAAAGAAGAAAGCCAAGCAAAUCUUGAACAUGGAGAGGGCAAGAAAGAGGUGGAAGCCGAGACCAUCAAAACGGGCCAAACAGAGGACACGGGGCAAGCAGAACAAACAGGCCAAACGGAGCAGGCAGACCAAAGCACCGAAAGCUUCAGCAUCUUCAAAUCCUGGUCGAACUACUUUGGCAAAAAAAGUAAAACAAAUGAGGAUGACGGAGGAACACCUUUGAAGAAGGAAGAGGAAAGUGCGCCGGAUAAAGCAGCCAACGGGGAAAGUACAAAUAGGGACGCAAUAGAAGGCGCACCCAAAUUAAACAGCUCAGAUGAGACAGCGGUGCGGGAAGGCACACAACAAGUGCAACACCCCGAAGGGAACAGCCGCCCUAACGAAAUUGAAAAUAAUGUAAAUCCUAGUGGAGACCCAUCAGGUGAUGGUAGCCAUUUUGUAAAUAAUGAAAAGAACAAUGUGAAGGAGGAGACGUAUGACACUAGCACAGGGGGUGAUGCAGGAAUGGCCCCUAAUAGGGACCAAGUAGGGAGCGGCCUGUCUGAAGGAAAGUCCCCAACGGACGCACCACAAAAUAGUGGUGAAAAGAAAGGUGCAAAAGACCAAGCACAGCAAACACAGAGCCAACCCGUCACCGCUCCAACCGCACAGGAAGAAGUGCUUGUGAUAGACGAAGAAAGCAUCAACCUAGCCAUAAAGGAGUAUGUCCUAAAAUAUAUUUAUAAAAAGAAAAAUGUAGAUUUCUUGUACGACGAAGUGGCAACUCAACAGAAGGAAAGUAACUCGGCGGGGAUUGUAGAAAGGAACGUCAGAUACCCAACUGGAUUUCCCCCCUACUUGCCUGAUGACUGCUCCAUUAACACCAUCCUCCCUGCGUGGGACAUAAAGUAUAAUUUUAAUUCCUCCAAAGGGGAAAAUUACCAAUGA